UCCUAUUGCUAUGGGAACGGGAACUAGGUAUUGCCGGAGUCUUGCUUAAAAGGGGGUGUACCAUCAAAAAGAUUUUUUUAAGGGGAGGGGGUUGAGAAGGAAGGGAAAAAAGAAGUGCCAGGUAUUUUGUGCUGCUAUUGCUAGGUUUAUUGUAGGCUGUAAGGGGUGGUCCUGUCCUAGUGGACUCCGUCACAGUGGAAACGGCUCAUCAGCUGAAGGCAAGGACGCUCAGGAUUACUCUGUUCUUAUCUGCACAGCUAUGAAUCGUAGCCAGCUAAAGAUAAGAUGGAGAACUUUAUUACGACAAUGUGUUUUGUUGCUGACCUAUCUUAUAAUCACACUGGAAGCAGUGCCUAUAGAUGUAGACAAGACAAAAGUGCAAAAGGAAGAACAAAUAGAAAGUGCAAAAAUAGAUAAUCCAGAUACUGGCCUUUACUAUGAUGCAUACCUCAGGCAAGUGAUAGAUGUUUUGGAAACAGACAAACAUUUCAGAGAGAAGCUUCAGACAGCUGAUAUUGAGGAAAUAAAGAAUGGUAAAUUAAGCAAAGAGCUAGACUUAGUAAGCCAUCAUGUGAGAACAAAGCUAGAUGAACUGAAAAGACAAGAAGUUGCAAGAUUAAGGAUGCUAAUUAAAGCCAAAAUCGAUUCAUUUCAAGAUUCUGGCAUAGACCAUCAAUCCCUUCUCAAGCAGUUUGAGCAUUUAAACCACCAGAACCCUCACACUUUUGAAGCUAAAGACUUGGACAUGCUAAUCAGAACGGCCACAAGCGACUUGGAAAAUUAUGACAAGGCUCAUCAUGAUGAAUUUAAGAGGUAUGAGAUGAUGAAGGAACACGAAAGAAGAGAAUACUUAAAAACGCUGGAUGAAGAAAAGAGACACCAAGAAGAAUCCAAAUAUGAGGAAAUGAAGAAAAAGCAUGGUGAUCACCCCAAAGUUAACCAUCCUGGAAGCAAAGACCAACUGAAAGAGGUAUGGGAAGAAGCAGAUGGGCUAGAUCCCAGUGACUUUGAUCCAAAGACAUUUUUUAAGUUGCACGAUGUCAGCCAUGAUGGUUUUCUGAAAUAGAGCAGGGUAGAAGCCCUGUUUACUAAAGAGCUAGAGAAAGUCUAUGAUCCCAAAAAUGAAGAGGAUGACAUGGUAGAAAUGGAAGAAGAGAGACUCCGAAUGAGAGAGCAUGUAAUGAAUGAGGUUGACAUUAAUAGAGACCGGUUGGUAACUUUGGAUGAAUUCAUGAGAGCUACAGAGAAAAAAGAGUUUUUGGAGCCAGAAAGCUGGGAGACUCUUGACCAACAGCAGCUCUUCACUGAAGAGGAGCUGAAGGAAUUUGAAAGUCACAUUUUCCAGCAAGAAGAUGAACUGCAAAAGAAAGCAAAAGAACUUCAAAGACAGAAGGAAGAACUUGAGAGACAACAAGACCAGCUUCAGGCUCAGAGACAAGAGCUCCAGCAGGCUGUACAACAGAUGGAACUCAAGAAGUUACAGCAAGGACUUCCUCCUUCAAAUCCCAAUGGAGAGCUAAAAUUUCAACCACGUAUGUGA